AUGGAAAAAUUCCUUUUUUACCUGUUUCUCAUUGGCAUAGCUGUGCGAGCUCAGAUUUGUCCAAAGCGUUGUGUCUGUCAGAUUUUGUCUCCCAAUCUUGCAACCCUUUGUGCCAAGAAAGGGCUUCUAUUUGUUCCACCAAACAUUGACAGAAGAACUGUGGAGCUACGGCUGGCAGACAAUUUUGUUACAAAUAUCAAAAGGAAAGAUUUUGCCAAUAUGACCAGCUUGGUGGACCUGACUCUAUCCAGGAAUACAAUAAGUUUUAUUACACCCCAUGCUUUUGCUGAUCUACGAAAUUUGAGAGCAUUGCAUUUGAAUAGCAACAGAUUGACUAAAAUUACAAAUGAUAUGUUCAGUGGGCUUUCCAAUCUCCACCAUUUGAUAUUGAACAACAAUCAGCUGACUUUAAUUUCUUCCACAGCAUUCGACGAUGUUUUUGCCCUUGAGGAGCUGGACCUGUCCUAUAAUAAUCUAGAGACGAUUCCUUGGGAUGCUGUAGAGAAGAUGGUGAGCUUGCACACCCUUAGUCUGGAUCAUAACAUGAUUGACAACAUUCCUAAGGGAACUUUCUCCCAUUUGCACAAGAUGACUCGGCUAGAUGUAACGUCAAAUAAACUGCAAAAGCUGCCUCCUGACCCUCUCUUUCAACGAGCACAGGUGCUGGCCACCUCAGGAAUCAUAAGCCCAUCGACUUUUGCAUUGAGUUUUGGCGGAAACCCCUUGCACUGCAAUUGUGAGCUGCUGUGGCUGAGGCGAUUGUCGAGAGAAGAUGACCUUGAGACAUGCGCUUCUCCUGCACUUUUAACUGGUCGUUAUUUUUGGUCAAUUCCUGAGGAAGAGUUUUUGUGUGAGCCUCCGCUAAUCACUCGUCAUACACAUGAGAUGAGAGUCUUGGAGGGUCAAAGGGCAACACUGAGGUGCAAAGCUAGAGGAGACCCUGAACCUGCCAUUCAUUGGAUUUCUCCUGAAGGGAAGCUGAUUUCAAAUGCAACAAGAUCUCUGGUGUAUGAUAAUGGAACACUUGACAUCCUUAUAACAACUGUAAAAGAUACAGGAGCUUUUACCUGUAUUGCUUCCAAUCCAGCAGGAGAAGCAACACAAACCGUGGAUCUUCACAUAAUUAAACUCCCUCACCUACUAAACAGCACCAAUCAUAUCCAUGAGCCUGAUCCUGGUUCUUCAGAUAUCUCCACAUCCACUAAGUCAGGUUCGAAUGCUAGCAGUAGUAAUGGUGAUACAAAAAUGAGUCAAGAUAAAAUUGUGGUGGCAGAAGCAACUUCGUCAACAGCAUUACUUAAAUUUAAUUUUCAAAGAAAUAUUCCUGGAAUCCGUAUGUUUCAAAUCCAGUACAAUGGUACUUAUGAUGACACGCUUGUUUACAGAAUGAUACCUCCUACGAGCAAAACAUUUCUUGUCAAUAAUCUGGCUUCUGGAACUAUGUAUGACUUGUGUGUCCUGGCCAUAUACGAUGACGGCAUCACUUCCCUCACUGCCACAAGAGUCGUGGGUUGCAUCCAGUUUACUACGGAACAGGAUUAUGUCCGUUGCCACUUUAUGCAGUCCCAGUUUUUGGGUGGCACCAUGAUUAUUAUCAUUGGUGGAAUCAUUGUUGCAUCUGUGUUGGUUUUCAUUAUCAUAUUAAUGAUCCGGUAUAAGGUUUGUAACAAUAAUGGGCAACACAAGGUCACCAAGGUCAGCAACGUUUAUUCUCAGACUAACGGGGCUCAGAUGCAAGGCUGCAGUGUCGCGCUGCCCCAGUCCAUGUCUAAACAAGCCAUGGGCCACGAAGAGAAUGUCCAGUGCUGUAAAGUUGCCAGUGACAAUGCGAUCCAGUCUUCAGAAACAUGUUCGAGUCAGGACUCUACUACCACUACCUCUGCUUUGCCUCCUACCUGGACUUCAAGUGCACCGGUGUCUCAAAAGCAGAAAAGAAAGACUAGCACGAAGCCAAGUGCUGAGCCGCAGAGUGAAGCUGUCACAAAUGUUGAGUCCCAAAACACUAACAGAAACAACUCAACUGCCUUGCAGUUAGCUAGCUGCCCUUCUGAUUCUAUUACAGAGGGGCCCACAUCUCAAAGAGCACAUACCAAGCCAAAUGCUUUGCUGACUAAUGUUGACCAGAAUGUCCAGGAAACACAGGUGAGAAUCUUACUAACAGUUAUUUACUUCAAAAAUAACAGAGAUUUGCUAUUGCAUGUAUGCAAAUUUUGCUGA